AGUAUAAUCAUGUUGUAAUUGAAUGGAGUAUAAUUUGUCAAAUCUUAUUACUCUUCUCACAUGCACCCUCUUAUUAGUUAGCGAUCGACCAGUGUUGUGUGCUCAUCUAAUCUCACUGUGAUAUGAUAAUGCAUAAUAUACUACCUUGGCUAUUAAACCUGCUAGUAUUAACAUUAGUGCUUUGUAAUGAAGAAGAUAAUACCAUUGAGAAAUGCAAUUUGUCAAACAGUAUAAAGCAGGAAAUUGCUUCUUAUCAAAAUAUUGCAAAUCAGAUAAUUGCUGCAAUUAAUGGAAAAUUUAAAAAUUCAACCUACAAUCAUCUUGAUGAAUUUAUAAGUGAAUUCGGUAAUCGCAUUUCCGGAUCAAAAAAUCUUGAAAAUGCUAUAGAUUACAUGAUAAUCAAGUCUGAAAUGUACAAUUUGGAAAAUGUUCAUGGGGAAGACGUCGUAGUACCACACUGGGUUAGGGGUGAAGAAUCAGCAACAUUACUGCACCCAAGGGUCAAGAAUCUCCCCAUGUUGGGCUUAGGGAGCAGUGUAGGUACACCACCUGAAGGUAUUUUGGCUAAAGCGGUAGUUGUAUCAUCAUUUGAAGAGCUGAAAAAGAUAUCGUCAAAAGUAAAAGGAAAAAUUGUUGUCUAUAAUCAGAAAUACACGUCAUAUGGCGAGUCGGUAAUUUACAGGAGAGAUGGAGCAUCAAUGGCUGCAAAGUAUGGUGCAGUUGCCACCUUAAUUGAAUCCAUAACGCCAUUCUCUUUGGCAACACCUCAUACUGGUUGGCAAGCUUAUGCUGACAAUAUUACCAAAAUACCAACGGCAUGCAUUACAAGAGAGGACGCAAAUAUGCUUCAUGGAAUGUAUAAACGGGGGAAGACAAUCUACAUUAAACUGAAGAUGGAAGCACACUUUUUACCACCAGCAAUAUCUAGAAAUGUAGUAGCUGAAAUUAAGGGCACAACUCAUCCUGAUAAAGUUGUGGUCAUUUCUGGACACAUCGAUAGUUGGGAUGUCGGCGAGGGUGCUAUGGAUGACGGAGGUGGCGCAUUUAUCUCUUGGACUGCUUUAGCAAUUUUAAAAGCGAUGGGAUUUAGAGCCAAACGAACAAUACGCACAAUUUUAUGGACAGGUGAAGAGGAAGGUUAUAUUGGUGCGUUUGCUUAUGCUAAAGAACAUAGCAAUGAGACAAAAAAUUUAAACUUUGUAAUGGAAUCUGAUAUAGGAACUUUUACACCUCUUGGGCUAAAGUACAGCGGAUUGCCCAUCGUUGGAUGUAUAAUACAAGAGAUACUUAAUUUGUUGCGUGAACUGAAUACGACCAAAGUUUUAACUCCAGCAGAUGGAGGCCCCGAUUUAACUCCAUGGCUUAACCAAGGAGUUCCUGGCGCUUCACUGGAUAAUGCAAAUGAACGGUAUUUCUGGUAUCACCAUUCGGCUGCCGACACCAUGGACGUUGAAGAGCCAGAGCCGUUAGAUAAAGGAACUGCUUUGUGGGCUGCAGUCGCUUAUAUUAUUGCAGAUUUAUCUUUUGACAUUCCUAAAAAUUUAACUGUAUUGUAAACAGACAAGGUCAAAUAUUUGCCAUUAUGUACCUUGAUGUUGUUUAGUGAUUUCUCAUGAAAUUUGCAAAGUAUUUCCGGCUUCAUAACCAAAGACACAUGAGACAUAACAUGAUUACUCCACGUAGGUAUUUACUAAAAAUAAAUAGGUACUACAGUAA